GAACAUAAUUUUCGGCAUGUUAAACUUUUCCAAAUUUCUUAAAAUUUUGCAGGAUGUCUUAAAUAACUAUAACGUACAUGACCAUGAGAAAAAAUUUAACUAAAAAAUUAUUUCAGAUGCUAAAAUAGAUAGGGGUGCAUCAAUAUAUUCAUUUUAAGGGGGUGCAUUGUAGAAUUUUCCAAUAUUUAUUUACAACUGAAAUUAAACAUAGUAUUUAUAUCACAAAUUACUCAUUUCAAUAUUAAUAAUCUACAAAUUACUCUAUUUUCUAAUAUAUUUUUUUUGAAGAAUCUAUUUUCUAAUAUGUAUAGCCAAAAAAAAUUGCAAUAAAUAAAUAAACGAUUUAAGAGAUUUGUUAAAGAUGGGAUUUUUCUCGCCGUUCCCGGCGUAUCUUCCCUGAGCUACGGCCCAUUUCAAUGGCCGAUUAUACCCACAAUCUUCUUCCUCCGAGGAAUAAACAAAACCCCUUAAACCUCCAUUGUCACAAGACUCACAACACUUCAAAGCUUUGACCUUUGACCAACAUGACCAUUCCCCAAUCACUCUUCAUCGUCCUUCGCCACUUCUCCACAUCCACUUCCACCAUACCCAAGGGUCUCUCCAGAUACCCAAACCUUCCUCAAAUCCACUCAAAGUACAAACCCAAAGUCGUAGAAGAAGCUCAGAAAGCUUUAGUUGAAUAUCUUCAUGCCACAAGAUCAUUGCCCUUUACUUAUGCCGAGCACAUUGGUCGAAACUCGAUUGUUUCUCUUGCUAAUUUGAUCAGGAAGAUCGAUUUUUCAGCCCCAACUUUCUCCAGAAGCUUCAGGAAGCUGUUAAGGUACCAACCCAUUAAUGAAUUUGAGUUUUUCUUUGAAAGUAUUGGGAUUGAUCAUAGUGAAGUUAAUGGGUUUUUGCCUUUGAAUAAAUUCUUCUUUUCUGAAGAUGGGUCUGUUCUUAAUGUUGCUUUUGCUCUUUCUGGAUUUGGGUUUCCUUGGAAUAAGUUAGGGAAGUUGUAUAGAGAUGAAGUUUUGAUUUUUAGUAGAAGUUGUUAUGAGAUUAAGGAUAGACUUAAUGGGUUUAAGGAGUUAGGGUUUGGGAAUUUAUCUGUUGUUGGUAUUUGUUUAGCUUUUCCUUAUUUGUUGAGGUUGGAAAGUGAUGAAUUAGGGGGUGAAAUUGAGGCUUUGUUUUGUGAUUUGAAAAGGGUUUUUGUUGAAUUUAAUAUGGGAAUUUCUGUUGAAGGAAAUGUUGAUGCUUGGUUUGAGGUUUGUUGUAAGGUUAAGGUGUUUUAUGAUUUGGGUUGUGAGAAAGGAAAAGUUGGUGAACUUAUGUGUAGAAAGAAAGGGCUUUUUCUUGAUUGCCCUAAAGAGGUUUUGGUUCAAAAAGUGAAGUAUUUUUGUAAAUUGGGUGUUGGAACAGAUUGUGUUGGGUUGUUUCUUCUUCAGAGUCCCGAAAUGUUGAGUCUUGAUUUUGAAUCACCUGCGAUUUCGGUUUUGGGAUUGUUGAAACAUUUUGGAUUGAGCUCUGAGGGAUUGCAGGGUGUUAGUGAAAAGUAUCAUCAUGUGUUGGGAAGGAAUAAAAUGGCUAAUUUGCCUAGGGUGAUGAGGGCUUUGGAUCUUCAUGAAUGGUUUUUCGAUAGGAUCAAGAGCUCGAAUGGUCGGUUAUUGGCAUCUUACACCAUUGCUUCUCCUGAUGAAGAUGUAGACACAGAGUUUGUUAGUGCAUUGAAGAAGAUGGAAUCUUCAAGGACACCAAUUCAUACCAUGUGUAAACUCGAGUUUUUGAAAGGGAUCGGGUUUGGAGAAAAUGCUUUGACAAUAAAGGUUUUGAAAAACUUACAUGGAACUAGCAAUGAGUUACAAAAGCGUUUCGAUUGCCUUCUUGGCAAAGGUAUUGAAUACUCAAAGCUGUGUUUUCACAUAAGGAUUGCCCCGAAGAUUCUCGGUCAAAGCCCCGAAAUGUUAGAACAGAAGGUAGACUUUUUAUGCCAAGAUAUGGGAUCAUCACUGCAAUACCUUGAUAAAUUCCCAGCUUUUUUGUGUUUCGAUUUAGAAAACCGAAUUAAACGCAGAUACGGGUUUUAUGUUUGGCUCGAUGAGAACGGUUUGUGUACAAGAAACUACUCCAUUGCUAGCUUGAUAGCUACGAGCGAAAAGCAAUUCCUUGCUCGGUUGUUUGGAAUUCAUCCGGCCGCGCCAAAACAGUAUUUAGAGUGUUGUUCAUACAAAGUGCCCUUCAAUAAUUCCCUGAGAAAUCUCUGAGUUAAAUCUUAGAAGAAGUUUAACCCUUAACAUUUGACCCUUUAUGAAAGUUUUGCUGAUUUCUGUACAAUAUUUCUGAUAAAUGAUCAUCAAUUUUCUUCCCUUGUGGUCUUAAGCCUUGUACAUAUGGAAAUUGUCAUUAUGUUGUAUUAUUAUUUUGGCAUCAAGAAUUUUGCUUCACAAAUAAAUGUAUUUCUUUUCCUA